AUGACGAAAAUAACAGAUGCAGCAACUAGACAGGCAGUUCAAAGUGCCUAUGACGCCGUUAGAGCAACUGUUGUGGAAAGUCAAGAAAAAGAGUUACAACAGACCAAAACAGACCUAGUAAAUGCUUUCUUAAAAACGAAAAGUCAGGUAGGACAUUAUGCUGCAGAUGGAACAUAUGUGCCAGCUGGUGGAACUUAUAUACCACCAAACCCUCCAAGAGAAGCACCUGCACCAGGACUACCUAAAACAUUUACAUCGUCACAUGGACACAGACACAAGCAUGCACCAAAACCAACACAACAACCAACAGUUCAAAAUCCAGCACAACAACUACCUCCACAACCAGCACAACAACCACCUCCACAACCAGCACAACAACCAGCACAAACAGAGCAAGGACAUAAAAGAAGUAGAGAACAAGGAAACCAAGAAUUCUUAAAAAUGCUUAAGGAAGAAUAUGAUUACCCAGAUACUCUUGACUUUAGUGACAGAUAUAAAGAAGCUAUUAGAAAGUUCAAGGAAGGAAAUACUGACCCGAACCUAUUUAGCUUUAUGGCUCAGCACCAAAUUGGAUAUAAUCUCAAACCUGGAAAAUACAAGCUCGCUAAGGGAUAUGAUUUAAUAGCAUAUCAUCCAAAUGACAUGACUGAAUUUACUCCGAGAUAUUUGAUGUCAGAGAUAAAUGAUGAUUCAACUCCUCUUCAUGAAACGCGUAAAAAUAGAGACGGAACGAAAGAAGAAAGGGUUAUGAAUGCGGAUGACUUAAAUAGGGAACUUGUUAAAAACGGUCUCGGAAUAUAUGAAAUGCCACCAGAUGAGGUACAAGAAACUCCACAGGAAGAAGUUCAGAUACAACCAGACAUGGAAGAAAUAGUUCAGCAACAACAGCUAGAAGAGCCUGAAGGAAACGAACAA